GGCUGCAGUUCAGCUGGGCCGGGUUUGAACCUGCCACCCUCGGUAUAUGGGGCUGGUGCCUUACUGACUGAGCCACAGGUGCCGCCCUGCUUUUGUUGUUUUAAAACCUCUUCCCUCAGAUUCUGAUCAGUAAACACAGGUUAACUGCCUUAAUCCUACUGGACAUUUCUGUAUCUCUGAAAGUGAGGUUUGAGAUUGGCCUGGCUUAGUCUGGUACUGGGAAAGUCCAGAAAAGUAAAAAAUGAUAUAUAGCAACAGAUCCUAGGAACUAACAGAGCUUCAUCUUUAGAAAUGUUGGUCAAACCAAUAGGUGCUGAGAAAAAUGAGGGUCAGUGAGUUUAAUUCUAAAUGAGCUUUCCCAACUAUUAGAAGAUUUAUUCCCAAUUUCCUUAGACAAUAAUCUGACCUUUUAAGGAAAAUGCCUGCUUCGUGGGCCUGCUUUUGAGAGAAUAUUUUAAAAGGUGCUGCAUUUCAGCCUGGAGGUGGCUGCAUGAAUUUUGUGAACUGAAGUGUCAACAUUGACUUCUCUGGGAAGAAAAGAGCUAUCUCUACACAAGUAGUUUAAUUAUAACGGCACUACUUGAAAACAAGUAGCAGUAGCAGCAGAAGCAAAGGUCAAUGUUAGACUAGUCACAGCUCAGUUCAAUAUUCAGAUUAGAGAAAGUAAGAACAAUUUUUCCCCUGGAGCACCCUUUUCUUCUUUUCUCAAAUGCCUGCUGGAAAAAUUCUGGACCAAAUUACAAGCCAGGAAGGUUUCAGCAUUAGGGAGUGGGCAGAGCCAGUGGAUGUGAAAAAUAUAUUUUAGGGUUAGAAAAAUCCUAGGGUUUGUUUUUGUUUGUUUUGCAGGGAUUUGGCACUACCUUCAGCAUCGUCUCAUUAUCUUUCAGGAAAUCUAGCGAGGGAGAAGGGCACCAAAUCUCUCGCCUUUAGCAGAUGUAAGUCCACCCCCACCCUCGGCACCCAGGCAAUAACAGAGUAAAACAACAACGCAAGAAUCUUAAAGUGAAAAAGAAAUUACAGAAGAUCAGCCUAGGGUCUUCGUGUGGAAAGGAGUUAGCGAUCAUCAGGCCACCCACAGAGUCAGCAAAGGAGGAAGAAUUAAGAGUUCACUACUGGCUAAGGAGCCCCCAGAUUUGCGGUAGAGCCAACGGUCUGGGUCUCCAGGUGUCCUAGGAUCUGCCCUGCUCACAACCCGUAGCAGUUUCUCUGUUUGGAUCGCUCUUGUACACUGUCUUACUGAGCGCCUAGCUCAGAGAUGACUGCAGAGCCAGAUCUCAAUAUUUGGAAGCUAAAGCAGCUUUUGAGGUUGGGGGCGGAAGGGCACCAGUUUUAUUUUUGGUCUUAAGUUCCGGUGUGGCCUGUUCCAACGGCCAGCACAAUGUUCGGGAUCACUCUCAUCUUCCACUCCAGUCCAGGUGAGGUCGGGAAGCUCCAGAGGACCCUCUUGGGGAUAAAUGGUUAAGCCGCGUACUCCAGGUGUCAGCCUGGACCUGUUCGAAAACCACAACCCCCAGAAUCCCUUGGGCCAGGAGGCCAGGCCGCAAAGAAAGUGGCUUCAGAAGGGUAGAACAGGCAGCAAGGGGAAACCUAGUCCUUAGCGGUUUGUUUUCCGGAUGUGUUUAAAUUACCGAAAGCUCACGUAUAUACACCACGCCACUAACCACCUUCGGCGCUGCGGAGGCCACGACAGCUGCGGAGGCCACGACAGCCGCCCCGCCCGCUCCUCCAGGGGCAUCCUGGGAGUUGUAGUCCAAUCGCCAGACUGCCGAACUACCUUCCCCAGAGUGCCCUGCGGCCCGGGCGAUAUCAACAUUCUUUUUCAAACUAUCUAUGCAUUGAGACCCCUUGUCUCUGGUCUUACUCUCUUUCUGUCGACUCCUUCCCGUCUGCCACAACAGAAGGGCGGUUACAGCAGAGGCCCCUGCCCCAAGCCGCUCAGUCCCGGGAGGCACUUCCGGCGGCGGUUCACUUCCUGGUUGGGUGGAUGGAGCCGGGCGGGAGCGCGCGCGGGGGAGGGGCAGCGGGUCAGUCUUUGCCCAGCGCUCUGGAGAUCAGCUGGCGCGCGGGCGGGCGCCGAACGCGGCCCCGGCUCUAGCUGCAGCGCCGCCUCCUCUCUACGUCGCAGGCCAGCCCGGCGGCCGUGACAAUGUCGCGGGGCUGGUAGCUGGGCGCCAGCCGCCGAGCCGUCUCAAGUUUAAACUUACACGAAUCGCUCUCUGGAGGAGGAGGGGACCCGCCGCGCGAUUGACACGCGUAUUCCUAUAGGCAUCCUCCCUCAACCCCCACCCCCACGGCCGGAUUCGGGUGGCUCCUCUCCGAGCUGAAAUCCGAGAAGAAAUCCUUGGAUCUCUUUUCUUAAAAAAAAAAAAAAGAAAAUCUAAAAAUCAUCAGUAUUUUGUUUUGCUGCUUUCUAUUUGCAAGAUGAAGAAGUUUUUCGACUCCCGGCGAGAGCAGGGCGGCUCUGGCCUGGGCUCUGGCUCCAGCGGAGGAGGGGGCAGCACCUCGGGCCUGGGCAGUGGCUACAUCGGAAGAGUCUUUGGCAUCGGGCGACAGCAGGUCACUGUGGAUGAGGUGUUGGCGGAAGGUGGAUUUGCUAUCGUGUUUCUGGUGAGGACAAGCAAUGGGAUGAAAUGUGCCUUGAAACGCAUGUUUGUCAACAACGAGCAUGACCUCCAGGUGUGCAAGAGAGAAAUCCAGAUAAUGAGGGACCUGUCAGGGCACAAGAACAUUGUGGGUUACAUUGAUUCUAGUAUCAACAAUGUGAGUAGCGGCGAUGUAUGGGAAGUUCUCAUCCUGAUGGACUUCUGCAGAGGAGGCCAGGUGGUAAACCUGAUGAACCAGCGCCUGCAGACAGGUUUUACGGAGAAUGAAGUGCUCCAGAUAUUUUGUGAUACUUGUGAAGCCGUUGCCCGCCUGCAUCAGUGCAAAACUCCUAUUAUCCACCGUGACCUGAAGGUUGAAAAUAUCCUCUUGCAUGACCGAGGCCACUAUGUCCUGUGUGACUUUGGAAGUGCCACCAACAAAUUCCAGAAUCCACAAACCGAGGGAGUCAAUGCAGUUGAAGAUGAGAUUAAAAAAUACACAACGCUGUCCUAUCGAGCACCAGAAAUGGUCAACCUGUACAGUGGCAAAAUCAUCACUACGAAGGCAGACAUUUGGGCUCUUGGAUGUUUGUUGUAUAAACUAUGCUACUUCACCUUGCCAUUCGGGGAGAGUCAGGUGGCAAUUUGUGAUGGAAACUUCACAAUUCCUGAUAACUCUCGGUAUUCUCAGGACAUGCACUGCCUAAUUAGGUAUAUGUUGGAACCAGACCCUGACAAAAGGCCAGAUAUUUACCAGGUCUCCUACUUCUCAUUUAAACUACUCAAGAAAGAAUGCCCAAUUCCAAAUGUACAGAACUCUCCCAUUCCUGCAAAGCUUCCCGAACCUGUGAAAGCCAGUGAGGCAGCUGCGAAAAAGACCCAGCCAAAGGCCAGACUGACGGAUCCCAUUCCUACCACAGAGACUUCAAUUGCACCCCGUCAGAGGCCUAAAGCCGGGCAGACUCAGCCGAACCCAGGAAUCCUUCCCAUCCAGCCAGCCCUGACACCUCGGAAGAGGGCCACAGUUCAGCCUCUACCUCAGGCUGCAGGCCCCAGCAAUCAGCCUGGCCUUUUAGCUAGUGUUCCCCAACCGAAAAGCCAGCCCCCACCCAGCCAGCCUCUGCCACAGUCUCAGGCCAAGCAGCCACAGGCUCCGCCUACCCCACAGCAGCCGCCUUCCACUCAGGCUCAGGGUCUGCCCACUCAGGCCCAAGCCACACCCCAGCACCAGCAGCAACUCUUUCUCAAGCAGCAGCAGCAGCAGCCUCAGCAGCAGCCACAGCAGCCGCCACCACCAUCACAGCAGCCAGCGGGCACAUUUUACCAGCAGCAGCAGCAGGCCCAAACACAGCAGUUUCAAGCAGUACAUCCAACAACCCAACAGCCAGCAAUUGCUCAGUUCCCUGUGGUGUCUCAAGGAGGGUCUCAACAGCAGCUGAUACAGAACUUCUACCAGCAGCAACAGCAGCAGCAGCAGCAGCAGCAGCAGCAACAGCAGCAGCAGCAGCAGCUGGCCACAGCCCUGCACCAACAACAGCUAAUGACUCAGCAGGCUGCCUUGCAGCAAAAGCCCACAGCGGCAGCAGCACAGCAGCCCCAAACACAGCCGGCUGCAGCCCCACAGCCAGCCCCUGCCCAGGAGCCAGGGCAGAUUCAAGCCCCAGUAAGACAACAGCCAAAGGUUCAGACCACCCCACCACCUGCCACGCAGGGACAGAAACUUGGAUCUCUCACUCCUCCAUCAUCCCCCAAAACCCAACGUGCUGGGCACAGGAGGAUUCUCAGUGAUGUAACUCACAGCGCAGUCUUUGGGGUCCCAGCCAGCAAAUCAACCCAGCUGCUCCAGGCAGCUGCAGCUGAGGCCAGUCUCAAUAAGUCCAAGUCUGCAACCACCACUCCAUCAGGCUCUCCUCGGACCUCCCAACAAAACGUCUAUAAUCCUUCAGAAGGUUCUACAUGGAAUCCCUUUGAUGAUGACAAUUUCUCUAAACUCACAGCUGAAGAACUGCUUAACAAGGACUUUGCCAAGCUGGGGGAAGGCAAACAACCUGAGAAGCUUGGAGGUUCAGCUGAGAGUUUGAUCCCAGGCUUUCAAUCAACCCAAAGUGAUGCUUUUGCCACGACCUCAUUUUCUGCUGGAACUGCUGAAAAAAGGAAGGGUGGGCAGACUGCGGACUCCGGCCUCCCACUUCUAAGCGUAUCUGAUCCUUUCAUUCCUCUUCAAGUACCUGAUGCACCAGAAAAACUAAUUGAGGGACUCAAAUCUCCUGACACUUCUCUUCUGCUCCCUGACCUCUUGCCUAUGACAGAUCCUUUUGGUAGCACUUCCGAUGCAGUAAUUGAAAAAGCUGAUGUUGCCGUUGAGAGUCUCAUACCAGGACUGGAGCCCCCAGCUCCCCAGCGCCUCCCAUCUCAGACGGAAUCGGUGACCUCCAACCGCACAGAUUCUCUCACCGGGGAAGAUUCCCUCCUUGAUUGCUCUCUGCUUUCUAACCCUACUACUGACCUCCUGGAAGAGUUUGCCCCCAUAGCAAUCUCUGCUCCGGCCCAUAAAGCUGCAGAAGAUAGUAAUCUCAUCUCAGGUUUUGAUGUCCCUGAGGGCUCGGACAAAGUGGCAGAAGAUGAGUUUGACCCUAUUCCUGUAUUGAUAACCAAAAACCCACAAGGUCUCCAGAGAGAGUCCAAUCCCUGUCUUGUAAUAACUGUAGAGCACUUUAAAGAAUCAACGGGUGUUAAAGGCCUUCCCCUGUAUCCAGACCUGUCCAGAGUACCUGACGCAAAGACUCAGAACAACUUAGAAUCUGACUACUUAGCCAGAGAUGGCCCUUCAAGCAACAGUUCAUUCCACAGCAGCGAAGAGGAAGGGACGGACCUUGAGGGAGACAUGCUAGACUGCAGUGGGUCUCGACCUCUCCUUAUGGAGUCUGAAGAAGAGGAUGAGAGCUGCAGGCCACCCCAGGGGAAGCUGGGGGAAGCCACUCCAUUCAGUCCGUCAGCAGUCUCUACUGAGCAAGCAAAGACAGCACAAGGUGGAAGAAAGAACCAGUUCCCUGCCCCCACACAGCCAACCACUGAUGGUCUUGUUGAGCCAGAUGUUUUUGCCACAGCCCCGUUCAGGAGCUCAAGGCUUCCAACUGAUGACACAGACAUUUUCUCCAAAGCCCCAUUUGUCUCCAAGGGCAGUGUGGCUUCUUCCCAGCUGGAGGAGGCAGAUGUAUUUUUGAGAGCUCCGUUUACUAAGAAGAAAAGCAUGGAGGAGUUAACCAUUGUCCAGAGUACCUCCCAGGAGUUGCCUGCACAGGCCGGUCUCCUCAGUCAGACAGGUGACGCCCCUUUGCUCUCAGGCCUUGAGAGAGCUGUGUACACCUCUGUACGAGGUCAGUAUGCUAUGGCUGGUUUUGUGCAACAGUCUAACCUCCCCUCCCCUUCUAUGCAAGCUGCAGACCAUCUUGACAGCAUCUCUCCCAAGGGUUCCUCCCUGGAACCUGGGGGCUAUCCUAAUGACAGGAACAAAGGACCUCAGAAAGAAGGUGUUUCCGGCCCCAUGGCUAGCAAACCAUUCCGCCCCCAGUCCUUAUCCAAAUAUUCCCGUCACUAUAGCCCAGAAGAUGAACCAACUCCAGAGGCCCAGCCCAUUGCUGCCUACAAAAUUGUUUCACAGACCAACAAGCAAUCAAUAGCUGGCUCUGUUUCCAUCACACCCCUUUCCUCCAGGACUACGGAGCUGCCAGCUGCUGAUCCCUUUGCUUUAGCACCUUUCCCUUCAAAGUCAGGCAAGCAGAAACCUUAGCAGCAAGACCUGAGCCUUAGGCCUGUGUCUCACUCCAGCUUCGGUGCCCACCCCAUCACUCCCAGCUGAGCCUUUCUAAAAAAAUAUUAUCAAUUAUUAUCUUUCGGUCCCCUGCAUCAGAACAGAACUUCAAUUGGCAAACUUAAUUGCAGUGAUACUUAGUUGAAGCCCCUGUAAGUUAUGUUCAUUUAUGGAUUUUCAGACAUUUCCAUCUCCUUCAUGGAAGUUUCCCACCAUCCAGAACUCUGUUUUUUUGUUUUGCCCAGGAACUGUUUAAAUCCAGAAAUACUUCACCCCCGCCCCACGGGGGCCAUUAUUACUGCUAGUUUUGAUUCCCGUAGCUCCCAUUCUAAGUUACGACCAUUGAAGAAUCACAGUCCCUCCAGGGCUUGAUUUAAUACUCUUGGAAAGGAGAGAUUUCUGGAAAGAAAAGCGAGAUAAAAUCCUGCACUUCAAGAAGCUACUAAUCAUUCUGAUAGAAGCAGCAGUUCUAGAAGGAUUCUCUGGAUCUGAGUCUGUGUGUGAGCCAAGCUGGCCGCCGUGCAUGCGCAUCUGUGGGCAUGUAAUGUACAUCAGGUCCUUUCCUAUGUAGAACUACAUGGCGAUAGGGUAACUGUGCUCAUGCCUGACCAUGUUGUCAGGGCCUUACCCACAUAUGUGCUUUUUAAAUUGGUCUGAGUGUACAGGUAUGGGUAUGUGGGUACAUGUGUUGUGUGCGUAUACAGGAAGCAUUUCUCCUUUAAGUAAAUCCUGUCCCACUGUGUCUGCUUCUGCAAUCACAUCACUCAUUUACUAGCAUUUGUCCACUCACCUGACUUGAACCCUGUUUUUAUUUAUUUAGUUUUCUUCUCAUGGCAAAGUUGAAUUCACUGAAAGAUGUAGGGAGAUCCUGCUGGAACUGAGAUUUUAGAGUGGAUUUUUUUUCUCCAGAAUUUGUUCUUUGCCAUUAAUAAAUUCCAUUUGCCUGAUUGUGAAAAAUUUAUUAUCCUUGUACGGUUUUCCCUCAUCAUAAUAGAAAAGAGCACCUCGUUAUCGUUUGAGCCUUGUUACAGUUUCAGCCACUGGGUGUGUGCACUCGGUGCCAUCCUUAUGCAAUUCAUUAAUCAAUCACAAGACUAAGCUACAAAGUAGAUUCGUUUGCUUUUUUUUGUUUUUUCCCAAAUCCUUGCUGUCUUUCUGUAUUGCCUCUUGAGGAAAUGUAAAUCUGAGACAUACAAAUAAGUUUGUCUGACGGACUGGAAAAGAGCUGAAUCAGCUAGCCGUGAGAGCUUUUAAGUUCUCUGUCCUGUUCAGAUGUUGAAGUAGGCCAGACAGGUGACUGACUUGGUUUUUGAAAAUGUCUUUUAUUUCUGGACAGACAUUCCUCCCUUUUUCCAUUCUUUUUAUUAUGAGUGCCUUAAAAUAAAACCUACGUCUGAAUGUGAAGACUUCUGCUGAGGAAGUUCAACUUAAUGGAAAGAGUCACUGCCUCAAGUUUCAACUUGAAAGCAUCCAGUCACUUCUAGUACACAUUAGUGAUUUCUCCAUUAGCUAGAGACAUUCCCAGAGCUGUUUGCCGUGCCAGAUUAACAAUUUAGGAAUUAUUAGAAUUCAUCCAAAGAAUUAAGCCUAAAUGCCAAUUUCUGUUGAAAUUGAGUAAAUGUGAUAGUCCUUAAAGUUCAGGGAUCUUGGCUGUAAAAUAAUAAUAACUUUUCAGCACUUUUUUCUUUUUUGGUUACUCUUUACCUAUUUUAAAUGUCCAGGAUAAAAGAUGAUUGGCACUUUGUCAGGGUUACCAGCAUGGAUUUUCCAACUGAAGUCUCAAUUAUACUAGAAACCUGUAUCUUUCACUUUGGUGGAGGAUAAAUGUUUGUUCUAAGGGUUUCCCUUCUCCCAAUUAUCGUUUCUGAUUUUUCCGUGUAACAGUGGAUACUUUCUAGUUGAAUGAAUAAUUCUAGCUAAUGUACAUGGAAUUCUGCAUCACAAACUUUUCCCUUAUCUAGAAAAGCCCCCAAAAGCCUAAGAGGCUAGGAAUAUUCGAAGAGUGUUCCCACCUCAAAUUAGAAACGGUUAAAAGUGAGAGGUCGCUCUAAUAAUUAACUCAUCCUAAUGUUCAAUAUUACUUCUAUAUCAGCCCUGUAAAAUGUUUUUCCUUUGGUUAUUUGAUUAUUCCUCCCUAGUCAAGUGGCUAUUUUAAUUAUCAAAGUACAAAUCAGAGGCCCGGCUUGGUGGCUCAUGCCUGUAAUCCUAGCACUCUAAGAGGCCCAGGCAGGUGGAUUACUUGAGCUCAGGAAUUCAAGACCAGCCUGAGCAAGAGUGAGACCCUAUUUCUACUAAAAAUAGAAAAACAAGCCAGGCAUUGUGGUAGGCACUGUAAUCCCAGCUACCCGGGAGGUUGAGGCAAGAGGAUCACUUGAGCCGAAGAGUUUGAGGUUACUGUGAGCUAUGAUGAUGCCACAGCACUCCACCCAGGGAGACAGAGUGAACUAUCUAAACAAAACAAAACAAAAAAAGUACAAAUCAGAAAAAAAGUCAUGUGAUUUUGUUUCAAAUGCAUUUUUUUUUUUUUUUGAGACAGUCUCACUAUGUCACCCUCAGUAGAGUACUAUAGUGUCACAGCUCACAGCAACCUCAAACUCUUGGGCUUACUCAGCCUCCCAAUUAGUUGGGACUAUAGGCGCCCACCACAAUGCCCAGCUAUUUUUUGUUUGUAGUUGUCAUUGCUGUUUGGCAGGUCCAGGCUGGAUUUGAACCUGCCGGCUCUGGUGUAUGUGGCUGGUGCCCCAGCUGUUGAGCUUCAAGCAACUAGCCUCAAAUGCAUUUUUAAAAUAAAAAGUCAUGGUGUUUUUCUUAUGCAGUUGAAUACUUGUCAAACAUGGGCUUGUAACCUUUUUUUAAUGCUCACUGGAGACAUGAUAGGUGGAGACUCUACAUACCUUCUUUGAAUAGGGUAAUGAGUAUAGACACAUGCAAUUUACUUUAGGUUUUUUUUUUUUUACUCAGUGAUGAAAAUAUUUUCACCUGUAGAUUAUAACUUAUUAGUUAAUAACUGGUGAAUUCUGCAGACUUGUAUUACAGUAGGGUUUUAUUCUCUAUCUACUGGUCAUCUUUAGAUUAAUGAGUUAAAUACAUCAUUUAAAGUUAAAAUGUUCUUUCCAGAGGUCAUCCUGGGUCUGGAAAUUUGGAAGAUUUCAUUUUAAGGAGAAUUGGGGUGCGUAGGGUGCUAUAAAUUCCCAGGGAAUUAGUGUUUCCAACAACUAUACUCCAAUAGGCUAACAUAAAAGACAAAAGAAAAUGCAGUGCUGUGUUGCUUUUGAUGUGGGUAUUUUUGAGUAAUGCUUUGUUAGGUGAUUUUGUCAGUGUGCAGACAUCAUGGAGUACUUAAACCAUCCUAAAUGGUACAGCCUACUGCACACCUAGGCUGUAACGUACAGCCUAGUGUUUCGAGGCUACAAACCUGUACAGCAUAUUACUGUGCUGAGUACGGUUGGCAGUUGGGACACAAUGGUAAGUAUUUAUGUAUCUAAACAUAGGAAAGGUACAGUAAAAAUCCAGUAUCAUAAUUUUAUAAGAUCACUGUGGUGUAUAUCGUCCUUUGUUGACUAAAACAUUGUUACACAGCACAUAACUAUGUACAGUCAACAAAACACUGCACUUUCUUGUUUUAGUUUGUGUUAUGUGUUAUUUGCUUUACACAUUUGAUAGGGAAUAUAGGAAUUUGUGACCUUUCAUUUCAGUGGAAAGCAAUGAGCCAGCUUAUAUUUAGACAAUAACUGACUGACCAGCUCUAUUGAGUUAUCUUGUGUGUGGUGAAAAGUAUUUAAUGUAUCAGCUUCUUAGGCUCACACACAGCCCUUUAGUUCCAAAUCCUUGGUUAGAUUAGAAAGUGGAAUGAACAAAAUUUGAUACUGAAGCAGAUGCUGGGAAGGACCUAAGGAAGUCUAGGUCAUAACCCUGUUUCCUUUGGGGCCCACUUAUAGCUGAGCCGAAAAUUUCCUGGGCUGGUAUGUGUGUGUUCACAGGCCCAUGUUGUGUCUGAGUUUCAUCUGGCAACCAAGAUCUCUUUCUUAACUUUCAAGAAAGAUAUCUUAUUGGCCCAUUAUUUAUUUAGGAAGUUUUACAAUACAUACAUGUAAGUGUUUUCAACUUCUUGGUGAGCAUUUCACUGAUGCAUGAUGAAAGCAGAUUUAAAUGACCCAACAGUAGAAGUUCUGUAUUUGCUUCCAUAAAGAAAAAUAAAACAUAGAUCUGUUGAUAUAAUAUGCAUGCAGUAUAUUGCAUAGGAAAUUAAAGAAGGAUGAGAUCCAAUUCAUUCUCUAGCAGGAAAGAUACAACGAACAUGGAAUCACUUGGGUCCCUUUAAUAAAGAUGCUAUUCUCUGCUGUGUCUUUGGAAUUAAAAUAGUGGAACAAAUAGCAGUCAAUUCAGAAAUGGCUGCUAGUCACAUGGAUGCAUGCAAGUUUAUCUGAGAGAUUUGGGACCCAAAUUAUUUUGAUGCAAGACAGGAAAGCUGCAGAAAAGACUGUAUCCUUGUCUUGUAUCCAGGGUCCUGGAAGCACCUUGUUAAUGUUCACACCACCCCUGAGUUAUAAUCCUCCAAUCCUGCCUAAAUGAGUAAACUUUAAAGGUUUUAAAUGGAGUUAUCUAAUUUUAAACUAGAUUUCAUUUUUCCAUUGUCUUUGUUAAUUAAUAGUUGUAGAUGCCAUUUUUUUUUUCAACUACUAGAACACCUGCAACCUUGGUAACUGAACACUUCACUAAAGGAAGAGAAGAGCUUCAAAAUCCUUGAAAAUCAAAAGUAGUAUCUGGUUGGGAUUUGUUUUUGUUCUAUCCCUGGAAGUCUUCCUGGCUCACCUCUCUCUUUCCUGUUCCCACUUCAUUUCCUCACUUGACAUUUCCCUAUUUUGACCACACCAAUAAGUGGAUUAUGGAAGGUACAGUUGAAUGAUCGUGUUAACUUUUAUUUGCCUCCUUUGUUGCUGUAAAUAGUUUAUUCUUAUGUUUCAUCUCAGCCUGUGACAAUCUCACCAAGUAAGAAUAAAAUGGCACACCUUCCCUAUUUCCUAUGGACUAGACGAAAGGAUGAAGGAAGGUUGGCAGGACCCUAGCCUUACUGGGUGGAGACAUGACCCAGAGGAAGCUCUUCACCUUUACCGUACACAGGCCCAGAGUGCUCUAGAGUGCAAGGGCAAGUUUAUGUGUGAAGGGACUCCAAACAGCUGGAAAACAUGCCUACAUAUUAACCACUCGUGGCUUGGUACAGUAUUCCUAUAACUUAAAAUUCUGUAAAUUUAUUCCGAGGUAUUUCCCAGCAGUCUCCUAGUAUGUGUGACCCAGUUUUAGGUUUAUAGUAACAAUGUUCUUGAAAUCAAGUCAAUGAUACCUGUGUUGCUUUGUUAUAGAACAAUAUGUACAUGUUCAAGGAAUCAGUUUGAUUUCCUUUUGGCAAGGAAUUGCAGAAAUGGUUUUUACCUGUGUCAGGAUAGGUUAGACUUGGGGGCUGAGGGGAGACAAUGCAGCCUUUUCACUCUGAAAUGGCAAAUCAUUUGCCUUCCCUGAGUCUGCCAGGGAUUACUUUUGAGGAGUGUGAAUGGAGUGUGUGUGUUUGUGUCUAUGUGUGCACUCAUGCAUCCUCAUGCUUUCUCUGUGGUGUUAUUUCAAGCCUUCCUAAUAAAGGCAUCCAAAGAGUACUGAGACAUGACCAGAGGUAUUUGGCAUGAAUAAAUUAGGUUCUCUUCGCCAAAAACCCUCAAAGUUAGAACUCAGUUGUUUUCAAUAAAGGUGGGGAAGAUUGCCCAUUGCUUUUGCCUCAUUCCCAAGUAAACAUCUCAUCUACAAGGAUGAAACUGAGUAGGGCUCGUCCUAAGGGCUCAUGUGUGGCAUUGGGAGGGCAGUAGUGACCAGAACACCACAGGCCUGCAAGAUGUUAUUUUGACUGAGGGAACAUUUGACAUCAUUUAUGAGGGAAUAGAAACCAAAUAAAGGCCAAGGACCAUGACCAUUCCUUGGAAAAAAGUGGAUUCCCUUUGCUGACUACUUGGAAUUGACUGAAUGAGAGGUCUACCCAGCCAUAAGGAGUAUUGAGGUCAUCGGGCCUCAGAAAACAGUAGCAUGAACACAAUCUCAUAGGAUAUGAACAAGAUAAAGGAGGGGAAAAACAAAGUCAAUCUCAACAGUUUUUGCAAUACCUCUUAUAUGCAGACCAUUGGAUUUAUGUUAUUGCACUCUUGGUGUGAUUUAUCUUAUGUAUCUUCAUAGUUUUUAUGAAUUGUUUGAGUUUCAAACUCUUAUUAUACCCUUUAUUAAAAUGGACCUAAUUAAG